CCUAGCGUUUGUGUAACGGAAAUAAAAGCAAAUGGCCGUUGAAAGCCACCUGAUAAUCGCACCUCCAGAUGCUAUCUGUGGCAUACUCCGUACAAUGCAGUUGGUCCUUGGCAAAGAAUGGGCUGUUGGUCCAAGCCCUCGAGUUCUGACAGACCUCGGUAUUGAUUUCGUGUCCGGACCCAACAAUGGACACGAGGCGUUGGCGCCUCACGUAACAGGAAAGGAAUUUUGGUCGUAUGCAAUCCAUGACUGCCGAGACUGGCGAGCCCACCAUGGAUCGCUAGUGUCCCUCCCUCGGAUAAUCACGAUCCUUCAGACUAGAGAUUCGGUUGGAUUCUCCGAGCAUUACACCGUAAUAAGGGAGAUAAGAGAUGGACGUCUGCCCAUGCAUGACUUUCCGAUUCUAAAGCGAUCGAACUGCAACUCUUUUCAGCCUCUUGUCGAUCUGUGUCCCCUCCUGGCACCCACAAACCAAACUGUCAUACUACGCAGUAAGGUAUUCUUCCCGUGAUGUCCUGUUUCAGCUCUCAAUUGUGUUGCAUAAUUGGAAGUGUAGCUCAUUUCUGGCACUUUGCAGUCUGCUCGUUAAUCCGAUCGUCGAAGGCCUUUUCUAGUACAUCCAGUUUGGUGAGCACCUGCACAGCACAAGCGGUGUGCAGCCGCACCGUCGUCAUAUCCGAAACAAAACGGGUUGAUCGUAAUCAGCCCGCGUCUCUCAAUUGUCAUCAAUGUUUCAUCACCCUGUGCGUA